GGUCCUGUACACUCGCUGCUGCUGGGCGGCUAGUUCAAGUUGCCAUAGCUGCGAGUCUGGGGACAGCAGAGUCGGUUGCGCCGCAGCGUCUGGUCAGUUGCACCUUGUGGGUCACUGGUGGCUGUGGGAGCCGGGUGGGGCCUCGGCGAUGAUCCGGCAUUAAGGGCCUGGAGUCCUCUUCUAUCUCAGGUGGUUUGGGAAAUUGUAGGGGCAACUAAAGAUCAUCUACUUGACUAGGCCUUUUGCCCUGAACCUCAUGAAGAAAUGAUAGGAGGCAGACAUAUGUGCCUACGAAGAGCACUGAGCUCAGAGGAGAGCAGCACGGAGUUUUGGGGGUGCGCUUUGAUUUGUGUACAUCAAUGGCAGAAUCCUCUAGUGAUUCAGACCACUUCCGCUCUCGUGACCGAUUGAGUCGAUGGGCUGCCAGGUCAACACACAGGGAAAUUCGAAAUCGUCCCACAGUAGAUGUCACCGAGAAGGUCAACACUAUAACAAGUACUUUACAGGACACCAGUCGGAACCUGCGACAAGUAGACCAGAUGCUUGGACAGUAUCGGGAAUAUAGUAACGGACAGGCGGGUGCUAUAGAACACUUAAAAGGAAGCUUGGAACAAUCAAUAGGCCAACUGCGGAGUCAACGUUUAUUGAGAAACUCAGGAGGGAGAAGUGUUUCUGUUACAAGUCUGAGUGCAAGUGACCUCGAUGGUGGCACUGUGACAGAGAGCCACCGAUUUCCACCUACCUCACCUCUCAAGAACUAUGGGGAUCAACAGGGUAUUAAACGAAUUAGGUCCAGAAGUGGUGUCCGAUUUGUUCGGGAGACUGAUGACGUGGGCCAGCUUCAUGCUUUUCAUCAGUCCCUCCGAGACCUCAGCAGUGAACAAGUUCGCCUUGGAGAUGAUUUCAACCGGGAACUUGCCAGAAGAAGCCGGUCGGAUGCUGAAACAAAAAGGGCUUUGGAAGAACUGACUGAAAAAGUUAAUGAAACCAAAAAACAGGAAGUGGUUUCAGAUCGGGUGGAACGACGGCUUCAGGAGAUAGAAAGAGAGAUGCGCACAGAAAGAGAGCUGGUGGAAAGACGUCAAGAUCAACUGGGACUUAUUUCUUUGCAGCUACAGGAGGCAUUAAAGAAACAGGAAGCUAAAGCUGAUGAGGAUGAGGGAGUCAUGAAAAAUAAGCUAAAACAAACUGAAACUGAGAAGAGUCAACUUGAACAGGAAUUGGAGCUAUCUCGAAAGUUAUUGAAUCAGUCUGAAGGCAGCAGAGAAACACUUUUGCAUCAGGUAGAAGAACUCCGUACACAACUUAUGAAAGCAGAAGGUGAUCGAAAGGGUUUACAACAUCAAGUAUCUCAGAUUUCCAAGCAAGAGUCAAACCAUCAGGAUGAACAAGGAGAUGACUGGAGGUUUAGGAGAGGGGUUGAGCAGGAAAAAGAGGAUCUGGAGAAGCAGAUGUCAGAUUUGAGAGUGCAGUUGAACUUCAGUGCCAUGGCGUCUGAGUUAGAGGAGGUGAAGCGGUGCAUGGAGCGAAAAGACAAGGAGAAAGCACAUUUGGCAGCACAAGUAGAGAACUUAACAUGUGAAUUGGAGAACAAGGAGAAACAGCAACUACAGAUGUUGGAUCAGCUUAAGGAGAUCCAGAAUCACUUUGAGACGUGCGAAGCCAAGCACAAGCAUGCUGACCUCCAGAUCUCAGAGCUGACUCACCACGCCGAGGAUGCAACCAGACAAGCCGAGCAGUACCUCAUGGAGUUCCAGCAGUCAGAGGCCCUGAGACAGGAGGCGGAGAAGAGGAGAGAAGAGCUGAAACUGAAAGCUCAGGAGGCCAUCAGGCAGUGGAAGCUUAAGCACAAGAAGUUAGAGCGAGCGUUGGAGAAACAGUCUGAAACUCUUGAUCAACUGACAGACAAGAAUAAUCAGAUUCUAAAAGAAAAGGAAGAAUUGAAAAACCAGCUUUAUGCAGCGUUACAACAAAUAGAGAAUCUUCGAAAAGAAUUAAACGAAGUCUUAACCAAGCGUGCCCUUCAAGAGGAGGAGCUUCACUGUAAGGAGCAGAAACUAAGUGAUGUUAAGGCGCAUCAAGCUGACCUUGAACUAGAAGUUAAGGAUUCCCUGGACACCAUCAAUAGGCUGGAAAGUGAAUUGAAAAAGCAGAGUAAGUGUCAAAGCCAGAUGAAAACUGAGAAAGCUCACCUGGAGGAAGAAAUUGCUGAGCUCAAGAAGAGCCAGGCUAAGGACAAAGCUCAACUUCUUGAGCUGCAAGAGGCUGUCAAGGACUUGAGUGCCAUCCGGGCAGAUCUGGCUAAUAAGUUGGCCGAGGAGCAGAAAGCCAGGAAAGAGGUGCUUAAGAACCUUUCUGACCUCCAGACACAGGCCAAAUCCAGGGAUGAAGAAACAGCUACAAUCAUUACACAGUUAAAGCUGGAACGAGACGUUCACCAGAGGGAGCUGGAAGAUCUCACAUCGUCAUUGCAGAGUGUGAAAACUAAACACGAACAAAAUAUCCAGGAGCUGAUGAAGCACUUCAAGAAAGAAAAGAGUGAGGCUGAGGAUCAUAUUAGGACACUGAAGGCAGAAAGCUUAGAAGAUAAGAAUAUGGCUAACAAGCAUCGUUGUCAACUAGAGAAGUUGAAAUCACUGUGUGACAGGCUGACAGAGGAAUUAACCCAGAAUGAAAAUGAGAACAAAAAACUGAAGCUAAAAUAUCAGUGUUUGAAGGACCAACUAGAAGAAAAGGAAAAACAUAUAAGCAAUGAAGAAGAGCACUUAAGGAGAAUGGAAGAGGCCAGACUGCAGCUCAAGGAUCAACUUCUUUGUCUGGAGACUGAACAGGAAUCCAUUCUUGGUGUGAUAGGAAAGGAAAUUGAUGCAGCAUGUAAAACCUUCUCCAGGGACUCCAUGGAGAAAUUGAAAGUUUUUUCAUCUGGUUCUGAUAUUAAUUAUGACCCACAUCGCUGGUUAGCAGAAAGCAAGACUAAACUUCAGUGGCUCUGUGAGGAACUGAGAGAGAGAGAAAACAGAGAGAAAAGUCUGCGGCACCAGCUGAUGCUGUGCAGACAACAACUCAAGAAUAUGACCGACAACAAGGAAUGUGAGCUCCAAUGUCUCUUUGAACAGAUAGAAAGGCAGGAGCAGCUUCUGGAAGAAAUACAUCGGGAGAAGAGAGAUCUGCUGGAGGAGACCCACAGAAAAGAUGAAGAAAUGGAAUCUCUGCAGCCAAAGCUACUGUUUAAAAUUCCGCCUUGGGAAGAUGCUAGUCAGACUGCAAUGAAAAAUCAGAAUGAAGCUCAAUUUGAAGAAAAAGCAGACCGUGUAAAUGCAUUAGAAACGAGUACCCGAGUGGCCUUGGACCAUCUGGAGUCUGUGCCUGAGAAACUGAGCCUACUAGAAGAUUUCAAAGACUUCAGAGAUUCCCGCAGUUUAUGCGAGAGAAUUGAUGGGAGAUAUUCUAAAUACAGAGUUCACAGAGAGUCUCUUCAGCAGCACCGAGAUGACACCAAGUACAGAAUCAAAAACUUCAAAGAUGACAGAACCUUUGCCGAAAGUUCCCACGCUCAUGUAUUAGAUCACUCAUCCUCUUGGCAUGAUCACAGCCGCUUCCUAUCUAGUCCACGAUUUUCACACCUGAACUCGUUUGCCAAAAGAACAGUUGCUCCAGAUUCACCUUCAAUCAAGGAAGAUGCCACAAGUUUACCGAUGGAUGGAACAAGUCCACAAUCCAAAAAGGAGGAAUAUGAAAGCAAAAAAAGCAAAAUGUAAUUAGUUGCUUUACAUGAAUGUUUUAGAAAUAAUAGCCUAUCUAUCCUUGCUGCAAUUUGGCCCAGAUUAUCUAGCAGACAUGUCUGCAGCUUCUGCUCUUCAGCGUUGCCAAACACGGACUAAAAUAAUAAUACAGUUGGUCUUUGUAAAUGGUAUAAAUUAACAAUCCAAAUAAUGUCAUCUCAUGAAUGACAUGCAGCUAACUUAUUGACAACUUACAUGAGCAGAGAAAGAGUGAUAUUUUUCACUUCGCAUUUUCCUUUUUCAGGUGUGGUCAGUCACAUUUUUCCAACCAAAAUUUGGAUUUAUAAUUGAGGUCUUUCAAAAAUUACUGGCUUACUAGAAAGGAGGAAAAUGAGUUCCCCGUGAGGCAGAAGUUGCCAGCACUUUAGAUUCAGGGAGUGUUUAUAUAGAAUUGAUUUUUUUUAAAUGCUUUCUCCCUAAUAAAUUAUCAUGUGUUAUAACAUGUUAUGGAGAUAUGCAUAUAUAAUAUUAGUCCACUUUAUAAAUGCUCAGGAUUGUUACAUCCAUCAUCUCAGCAGUUUAUUACUACAUACAGUAUCUUAAAAUUAUUUCCGAUCAUCCAUUUUUUACAGCAAUAAAGAAUUUACAAAUGCUAUCUGAAUUGUAGAGCAUGGUAAAGAAUUCAUAGCACAAUUUAUUUAUUUGUCUUUUUGUGGCCAAAUAUCCCAUUGUGAUUACUUCAGUCAUAUCCUGGAUCAUCUUUGCUUCACUCUGACCAAAAUCACAGUACCAAACUCCUGUGUCCAUGAGAUUUACUCUGCAAGAGUUCUUGUGUAAGUUGAUACUAUCUAUCUACUCUCAGCAUUUCAGCCUUUCUCAACAUCAAAGUGUCUUUAAGAACUUAUCCUCUUUACAUGCUGAUCUACCAGUGGAGAAAGAUUUCUAUUAAAUGCUAAAUAAUAGUAAACAUCCAGGAACUGAAUCCCACUGGUCAUGAUGGAAAGAUCCUGCACAGAGACGAGGACAAUAAAGCAAUCUCUUCAUAA